CAAGCGAAUAGAUCGAUCAGCUCACAGCUCCACCGGCAACCAUUUUUCAAUGACGAGUGAGGGAGAAGAUGCGGUUCGUCGCCGUGGUGCGGUGACGGAGUACCGGAAGAAGAUGCUCCAGCAUAAAGAGCUCGAUUCUCGAGUUCGAGGAGUGAGAGAGACUUUGCGAAGUACGAAGAAGGAUUAUGCCAAAACAGAAGAUGAUUUGAAGUCCCUUCAAAGUGUUGGACAGAUAAUUGGCGAAGUGCUAAGGCCUCUGGACAAUGAAAGAUUGAUAGUUAAAGCCAGUAGUGGUCCCAGGUAUGUGGUUGGAUGCCGCAGUAAAGUGGACAAGGAAAAACUUACUGCUGGAACUAGAGUGGUUCUUGACAUGACAACACUGACUAUUAUGCGAGCACUCCCUCGUGAAGUUGAUCCAGUUGUUUAUAAUAUGUUGCAUGAAGAUCCUGGAAAUGUUAGCUACUCUGCAGUCGGUGGGCUAUCAGAUCAGAUCCGAGAGCUUAGGGAAUCCAUAGAGUUGCCUCUGAUGAAUCCUGAGCUCUUCCUAAGAGUGGGCAUCAAGCCACCCAAGGGUGUACUUCUCUAUGGACCUCCUGGUACUGGCAAGACAUUACUAGCUAGAGCAAUUGCUAGCAAUAUAGAUGCUAAUUUCUUGAAGGUCGUGUCAAGUGCUAUCAUUGAUAAGUACAUUGGCGAGAGUGCAAGACUGAUUAGGGAAAUGUUUGGUUAUGCUCGUGAUCACCAACCAUGCAUCAUAUUUAUGGACGAGAUUGAUGCCAUUGGGGGACGUCGUUUCAGCGAGGGAACUAGUGCUGACCGUGAAAUUCAAAGAACACUAAUGGAGUUGCUCAAUCAGCUUGAUGGAUUUGAUCAGCUUGGGAAGGUAAAAAUGAUAAUGGCUACAAACAGACCUGAUGUUCUGGACCCAGCUCUUCUUCGUCCAGGUCGACUAGAUAGGAAAAUAGAGAUCCCACUACCGAAUGAACAGUCAAGAAUGGAAAUCCUUAAAAUCCAUGCUGCCGGGAUUGCUAAACACGGUGAAAUUGAUUAUGAGGCAGUUGUCAAGCUUGCUGAGGGGUUUAAUGGAGCUGAUCUUCGUAAUGUCUGCACUGAAGCUGGUAUGUCCGCCAUUCGUGCUGAACGGGAUUAUGUUAUCCAUGAAGAUUUCAUGAAGGCCGUCCGGAAAUUGAAUGAGGCCAAGAAGCUCGAGUCAAGUGCCCAUUACAAUGCUGAUUUCGGGAAAGAGUAAGAAGGAUGAUCAAACACGAAAAACGAAAUAGGAGUUUGUUCUUGGAUACGGGGGCUGCCGUUGGUGUUUGGUUUUUGGAAUUAUCAUUUGCUAAUGUUUGGUAACUGUGUAUUAUUUAAAUGCAUGCGAUUGUGAAGGAAAUCAUAGUUGAGACUUGGGCAAUUGUGGCUGUUUUAUCGAAUCUGAAGACGGACUGAAUACGCAACUAAUGAUCAUAUAUAGAUCAAUUGAUCAUUGCAUUUUUUUUG